UUUUUUUUUUUUUUGCAAUCGUGAAAAAUCUUUGAUCCUCCGAGGAAAAAUUUGAGUUGCCACCGCGGCUUUGGAGCCAGAGAGCACAGAGAUCUGAGAACUGGAACAAUGGAUUACCGGAAAAUCAAAGACGAUGACGAUCAUGGCGUCGCUUCUGAUAUCGAGAAUUUGAAGGGGAAAUCUCAUGCCGUUGCUGCGAGUAAUGCGGCGGUUGCUACUCUGGGCGGAGGAUCGAGUGAUCGGACCAAUUGGAAACGAAAGAGUGUAGUGACAUUUGCACUGACUGUUCUGACGAGUUCACAAGCGAUACUCAUCGUCUGGUCCAAGAGAGCUGGCAAGUAUGAAUACAGUGUUACAACCGCUAAUUUCUUGGUGGAGACUCUGAAAUGUGCAAUAUCACUGCUCGCCUUGUCGAGAAUAUGGAGAAACGAGGGUGUCAAUGAUGAUAACAGGUUAAGUACAACUUUUGAGGAAGUUAAAGUUUAUCCCAUUCCCGCGGCGUUGUAUCUUUUCAAGAAUCUGUUACAGUACUAUAUUUUUGCAUAUGUGGACGCCCCAGGCUAUCAGAUACUGAAGAACUUGAACAUCAUCAGUACUGGUGUUUUGUACAGAAUUAUAUUGAAGAAAAAAUUGAGCGAGAUUCAGUGGGCAGCCUUCAUCCUGCUGUGUUGUGGAUGUACCACUGCUCAACUGAAUUCCAAUUCUGACCGAGUUCUUCAGACAUCUCUUCCUGGCUGGGUUAUGGCAAUUGUUAUGGCUCUUUUGAGCGGUUUUGCCGGAGUAUACACAGAGGCUAUUAUCAAAAAGCGGCCCUCGAGAAACAUAAAUGUGCAGAACUUCUAUCUGUAUGUCUUUGGGAUGAUCUUCAAUGCUGUUGCCAUAGUCAUUCAAGAUUUUGACGCCGUUGCGAACAAGGGAUUCUUCCAUGGUUACUCACUGAUAACAGUACUCAUGAUUCUGAACCAUGCCCUAAGUGGCAUUGCGGUCUCGAUGGUAAUGAAGUAUGCAGACAAUAUUGUGAAGGUCUACUCGACAUCGGUGGCAAUGCUUCUCACAGCGGUUGUGUCUGUUUUCCUCUUCAACUUUCACCUUUCCCUAGCCUUCUUCCUCGGCUCAACGGUUGUCUCUAUUUCGGUAUAUUUGCACUCCCUCGGGAAGCUACGAUAGCGAAGAUCUCUCUGCUCUUCUGACAACAUCCGAGGAUUAGUACAGCGGGACAAGCUGCGAAAGAUGCCUUUUGUUCCUCCGGUAAAGAUUUGCAACUCUCUCCAAAGAGAUUUCAGAUAUCACCAAGAAAGUUAUACUACUUUCAGUCAUUCAUUAUGUCUUGUAACUCAUUUGCUUUACUGGUUAUCCCAGAACUGGUUUCUUGAUUCACACUUGCAUCUGUAUUCAAUAUAUUCUCAUUUGUUCGAGUUCUGUCCA